AUGGGAGAGGACGCUGCACAAGCUGAAAAGUUCCAGCACCCAGGUGCUGAUGUGCGGCAGGAGACACCAUGGAGUCCCAGCCCAAUGCCCUCCUCCACGCCAAGCCCUAGCCUGCACCUGGGGAGCACGGAGGAAGCCAUCCGGGACAACUCACAGGUGAACGCCGUCACAGUGCUCACACUGCUGGACAAGUUGGUGAACAUGCUGGACGCUGUGCAGGAGAACCAGCACAAGAUGGAGCAGCGGCAGAUCAGCCUGGAGGGCUCCGUGAAGGGCAUCCAGAACGACCUCACCAAGCUCUCCAAGUACCAGGCCUCCACCAGCAACACGGUCAGCAAACUGCUGGAGAAGUCCCGGAAGGUCAGCGCCCACACGCGUGCGGUUAGGGAGCGCAUGGAGCAGCAGAGCGCCCAGGUGAAGCGACUGGAGAACAACCACGCCCAGCUCCUCAGACGCAACCACUUCAAAGUGCUCAUCUUCCAGGAAGAAAAUGAGAUCCCUGCCAGCGUGUUUGUGAAAGAGCCGGUUUCCAGUGCAGCAGAAGAGAAGGAGGGGCUGGCUGAUGAAAACAAGUCUCUGGAGGAAACCCUGCACACGGUGGACCUCUCAUCAGAUGACGAAUUGCCCCACGAUGAAGAGGGUCUGGAAGGCAGUGACGAGGAGAAGACGGAAGAAAGCAGGGCAGAGAAAAUAAAAAGAUCCAGCCUCCAGAAAGUGGACAGCCUCAAGAAAGCUUUUUCACGCCAGAACAUCGAGAAAAAGAUGAGCAAGCUGGGAACAAAGAUCGUGUCUGUAGAGAGGAGGGAGAAGAUUAAGAAAUCUCUGGCUUCCAAUCACCAGAAAAUCGCCUCAGGAAAAAUCUCCCCCUUCAAGGUUUCUCCACUCAGUUUUGGUCGAAAGAAAGUCCGAGGAGAAAGCCCUGUAGAAAGUGAGACCAAAUCAGAAGAUAUGCCUGGCAGUGACCAGAUGCUGAAUGACCACGAGGAGAGUUCAGUCACAGAGGGUCUUUCUGAAGCAUCUAUGGUGGAGGAGAAGAGCACAGAAGGGGAUGCUGAGAGGCCAGCCUUGAGAGGCAGUGGUAACCUGGGGAUGGACAGUAACAUCGACUUGACCAUUGUAGAAGAUGAAGAGGAGGAGGCAGUGGCUGUGGAAUACGCACAGAAGAUCCGCUAUGAGGAGAGCUACAUGCAAACCCCAGAGGAGACCGAGAGGUCGGACCAGGAACCUGUGCAGCCAGCUGUGCUCCAAGUGGACCAGACAGCCUAA